AACAUAACUUAGUAAUUCAAUAGAGGAGAUCACAAGUCUAUAUAUGUAUAUCUUUCUUCUUUAAAGAAGAAUAUAUUGUUUCAAGUUCUUAAGAAAGGCGUAGAGCAAAUGAUCAAGAGAAAGCGAGGCAGCUGAAGGAAGUGGCUAAUAAUUCUAUUGUGCUCAAGUGGGAGAGGUGAUGCAUAUUCAUAUAUAUCAAGAAACCUAUCUUCUUCUCAGAUAAUUUUCCCUGAAAAUGGAGACUAAUUAAAACUGUAUUUGAAACUGUACUGUUCCUUGUAGUUUUUGGCUGCUUCUUUUCUGUGUCUAACGUGUCUUAAGUCCAAUGAUUUGUUUAAGGAGGUUAUAACUGCCGGUGUUUUUAUUUGCUUCUGGUGAUCUCAUGAUCUAUAACUCGAGCUGCAUGUUUGUUCUUUCCCAAUUAUCAUCCAAUUAAUCAUGUUGCUGCAUGUUUGUUCCUAUAUAUGAUCACCUGUUGCGUACGUCCAAUUAAUCAUGUGUUAAUGCUGCUAUAAUUAAUGUACAUGCAUGGUCUGUUUGCUUUGCUAUAUAUGUUUUGUUCGAUGUACGUACAGGCCGCUCCUUGUUAGUACUCUUCGCCAUUAGUCUCUAUAUCAUAUGUUAAUUAUGUCUGUCUAGGCUCUUUGGUUAGAGAUCUUAAGAAAGCUCGGUGCCUUUAUGUGGGCCGGCUUUCAAGUUCCAAUUGCUUGUACAAUAUACUUGGCUAUUAAAUCAUUAUUAAUAUAUGUAUUCAUAUAUUUCAAGAUGCUUGUAUGGACACAUGUAUUUCUUGCGUUUUUGCGUUGGAUGAGAACUCUAAGUACUCAUCCCAAGUCUCGCUAAUGGUACCUAAUUCACUCCUACAGAGGAGAUCAUUUACAGUUGUAUACAGCGCAAACAGCAGAGUCCCGGAAAAGAAAGCCAUGGAUUUGCGUGGAAAGCUUCUGCAACUACUGCUACUUGGGUUCGUAAUUCUAGCAGCAACAGCAGCAUCUAUUCCGAACUCAAUCUGCGAACGUAUGUGUGGAGAAGUAGAAAUCCCCUACCCGUUUGGAACAAGCGAGGGCUGUUACCUUGACAAACCUUUUCUCAUCACGUGUAACCACUUGUACUCUCCUCCAAAACCAUUUCUGGACGUUGAUUUACCUGUUGAGGACAUAUCACUACCAAAUGGUGAACUCCGAGUCUCAAACCCCGUAGCCCUCCUUUGCAAACGUGACCAACCCAUUUGCUUAAGUCCUUAUUGCAGGAGGCCAACUGUGGACUACACCGACAUCUCUGCCUUGCUUAAUUUGUCAAGUUUUCGCAUCUCAGAAACCAGGAACAUGAUCACUGCUGUUGGUUGUGAUGUUUAUACGUAUAUUCAAGGUACAGAUCAAGGACAGAAGGGCUUCACCACUGGAUGCUUAUCACUCUGUGAUAAAAAUCUCAACGUGGUUAACGAGUCUUGCUCUGGCAUUGGCUGCUGCCAGACUUCUAUCCCAAAAGGAGCAACGGGGUAUAUUUUGAACGUACGGAGCUUGAGCAACGACACCUUACCUGGUGGCAAUGAUCUAUGUGGUUACGGCUUUAUAGUGGAUGAACAAGCAUACAAAUUUUCCUCCUUAGAUUUCAGAAACUUAAAGAAUAGGACGACUGUACCUCUGGUGCUUGAUUGGGCAAUUGGAAAUAAGACAUGCAAAGAUGCUCAGAAAAAUAAGACAAGCUAUGCAUGUAAGGCAACGCAUAGUUAUUGUUACGAUUCCACCAACGGCCCUGGUUAUCGUUGCAAAUGCUCCUCAGGUUAUCACGGGAACCCAUACCUUCCUGAUGGACAAGAUGAUAGUUGCCAAGAUAUUGAUGAGUGCAAGCAGGACCAUUGGAAACUAGCUUGCAAUGCCAAUGCAACAUGCAUCAACACUGAUGGAAAUUACACAUGUGCUUGUCCCAAGGGAUACGAAGGCGAUGGGAGGAUAGACGGAACAGAUUGCAGGCCUAUAGUAAUUGGCCAAUCUAAUAAUAAGAUCAUUAGCAUUGCAUUGGGUGUCAGCAUAAGCCUCUUAGUGCUCCUUGUGGGAACCUCCUGGGUGUAUUGGGGACUCAAGAAAAGAAAACUCAUUAAACUCAGAGAGAAGUGGUUUCAGCAAAAUGGGGGCUUAAUGUUACAACAACGACUCCAACAUCACACAGGAUCUAUGGAUACAACAAAAAUCUAUAGUGCAGAAGAACUUAAAAAGGCAACCGACAAUUACAACAAAAGUAAUAUCCUCGGUCAAGGAGGUUAUGGAACUGUUUACAAAGGAGUGUUGGCAGAUAACAAAGUGGUUGCUAUUAAAAAGUCCAAAAUUGGUGAUCAAAGUCAGAUAGAGCAAUUCAUAAACGAGGUAGUUGUGCUUACUCAAAUCAACCACCGGAAUGUUGUCAAAUUGUUAGGUUGUUGUUUGGAUACCGAAGUUCCCUUACUAGUCUACGAGUUCAUCACAAAUGGGACACUUUCUGACCAUAUUCAUGAUAAAAGUCGGUCAUCCUUACUCUCAUGGGACAAUCGUUUGAAGAUAGCUACAGAAACUGCAGGAGCCCUUGCAUAUUUACAUUGUGAAGCUUCUAUGCCAAUUAUACAUAGAGAUGUGAAAACUGCAAAUAUACUUUUGGAUGGUAACCACACAGCAAAAGUAUCUGACUUUGGAGCUUCAAGACUUGUUCCUCUGGAUCAGACACAAUUAACUACGUUGGUGCAAGGAACGUUUGGGUAUUUGGAUCCAGAAUACUUUCGUACUAGCCAUUUGACGGAAAAAAGUGAUGUCUAUAGUUUUGGUGUUGUUUUAGCAGAAUUAUUGACAAGUAAGAAAGUAAUUUCAUUCGUUAGGCCUGAAAGUGAGAGAAAUUUGGCUACAUAUUUUGUUUCUAUGGUAGAAGAGGAUCGCCUAUUGGAAAUUCUUGAUGAUCACAUCUACAAUGGGAGUAAUGCUGAGGAACUAAAAAAAGUUGCUAAUGUUGCAAAAAGAAGCCUUAGUGUUAAAGGAGACGAUAGGCCCACUAUGAAAGAAGUGGCAGUGGAACUGGAUGGAUUUAGAAUUAAGGAAAAACAUUCAAGGAAAGAAAGCUAAUCGCAACACAGAUAACGGGUAUGAGUAUUUUCUUCAUCCAUCCACACACUCUUCAAGCAUCGAUGUUAGCACUGGUUAUUCUUCCACAAGUACCAUUGAUAGCAUGGGAAAUCAAGCACUAACACCAACAGAUGAUGGCAGAUAAUCCAUUUUUCUUUUAAGCCACAAUCAGGCAGCAUGUUCCUCCAAGUCAACGGAUGAUGGUAGAUUAAUUAUUUCGGUCUCUUUGCACAUGCAGUGUUUAAGUUAUCUCCAUAUAGAUCUUUUUGUAUGUAAAAUUUUUUCUCUCAUGGUCUGCUUUGUAUUAUUGGGAGCUUUUGUAUGUAUGAGUGAGCAAGUCUAGUACUGCUCAAUUAGGUGUGUGCUUUGAGGAUCCUUUCAUCGUGUGUUCUAAGUUUUUAUUUGUGAAUUAUGGGUAGAUUAAUUAAUGUAACUUAAAUAUUUGUGCA